AUGACUGGCCCAGCUGCUCAAGUGAACAUGAUGGGUUACGGUAAUUUUGAUCAAGUUACUGGCGGUAUACAUUUUAGGUUAAGAGCUAGGACUUUCAUUGUUGCUGAAAGUUCAAAAGGUCCGAGGUUUGCUUUUGUCAAUCUUGAUGCUGGUAUGGCUUCACAACUUGUGACAAUUAAGGUACUUGAGAGACUAAAAUUAAGGUAUGGAAAUUUAUACAGUGAAGAAAAUAUUGCAAUAAGCGGGACACAUGCUCAUGCUGGUCCAGGAGGUUACUUGCAAUACGUGACUUAUACUGUAACUUCACUUGGCUUUGUUCCUCAGUCAUUUGAGGCCAUUGUUACUGCUAUUGAACACAGCAUUGUCCAAGCUCAUGACAAUCUAAAGCCUGGUUCCAUCUUUAUCAACAAAGGGGAUCUAGAGAAUGCAGGUAUAAACAGGAGUCCAAGUGCAUAUCUGUUCAACCCUAAAGAAGAGAGGUCCAAAUAUGGUAAGAAUGUUGAUACUCUAAUGACCCUUUUGAAAUUUGUGGAUGGAGAGACUGGAAUAAGUGUUGGUGCAUUCAGCUGGUUUGCAACACAUGGAACUUCAAUGAGCAGAAAUAACAAACUCAUCAGUGGAGAUAACAAGGGUGCAGCUGCUAGGUUUUUUGAGGACUGGUUUGCUUCUCAAGAGAAAAAUUCCUCUACAAAUUCUGCCCCUUACUCCAAGGUGUUAGGUAGCAAUCAAGCCUUGUUCAAUAAAGCAUCCACAAUCAAGCCCACGGGAGGAAAAGCUUGUGCAAACACAACAAGCCAAGGGUUUAAGGUGAGGAAGAACAAAGAAUUGAAAUUUGUUGGAGCAUUUUGCCAAUCAAAUGUUGGAGAUGUCAGCCCAAAUGUGCGUGGAGCAUUUUGCAUUGAUAGUGGAUUACCUUGUGAUUUUAAUCACUCUUCUUGUCAUGGCAAUGACCAACUCUGUGUGGGCCGUGGGCCUGGAUAUCCAGAUGAAAUCUUGAGUACAAAGAUUAUUGGAGAGAGACAGUUUCAAAAGGCCGUUGAGCUUUUCACUUCAGCUAAACAAGAAUUAACAGGGAAGAUUGAUUAUCGCCAUGUUUAUCUGAACUUCACAAAUAUUAAAGUUCAAUUAGAAGGGAAUAAGGUUGUCCAAACAUGCCCUGCAGCAUUGGGCCCAGGAUUUGCUGCUGGAACUACUGAUGGGCCUGGUGUUUUUGGUUUCCAGCAAGGCGAUACCGAGAUCAAUCCAUUUUGGAAAAAGCUAAGAGAUGUGUUAAGAGAACCAAGCCCAUAUCAAGUGGACUGUCAAAAGCCCAAAACUGUUUUACUGGAUACUGGAGAGAUGUUUUGGCCCUAUCCGUGGGCGCCAGCAAUACUUCCAAUUCAAAUUAUUAGGCUGGGAAGUCUCACCAUUCUCUGUGUGCCAGGAGAGUUUACAACAAUGGCUGGUCGUCGAUUAAGAGAGGCAGUAAAAGAAACACUAAUAAGCAGUGGAAAUGGCGAAUUUGACGACGAAACUGAUGUUGUUAUAGCAGGCCUAACCAACGCUUACUCACAGUAUAUAUCAACUUUUGAAGAAUACGAGCAACAAAGAUAUGAGGCUGCAUCUACGCUAUAUGGUCCCCAUACAUUAUCAGCAUAUAUUCAAGAAUUCAAGAAGCUAGCUGAAUCUAUGGCAAAAGGAGAACAACAUACUAAAGGACCUUCACCUCCAGAUCUUUUGUCAAUUCAACUUAGUCUACUACCAAAUCCUACUGGUGACUCACCUCCACAAGGCAUAAAUUUUGGUGAUAUUAAACAAGACAUAAUUGUCCCAAAAUCAGGAACAUUUAUAAAGGGUGACAAAGCAAUUGUCAAAUUCUGGAGUGCAAAUCCAAGAUAUGACUUACUUACUGAAGGCACAUUUGCUGUAGUAGAAAUGCUACAAGGCAAAAGAUGGAUACCUGCAUAUGACGACGACGAUUUUUGCUUGAUCUUUAAAUGGCAAGCAGAAAAUAGUACGAGUGUGGCUGCUGCUGUAAAUGCUACUGCUAAUGUGAAUAGUUAUGGUUAUGCUACACUUGAAUGGGAAGUACCAGAGGAGGUUAAUCAUGGCGUUUAUCGCUUAAGGCAUUUUGGAUCAACAAAGAAAACAAAAGAAUCACCAAACUUGUAUUAUACUGGUACAUCUAGUACUUUUACUGUGUCUUAGGAUAGUAAGACACAGAAAAUCCAA